GUCGAGACCCCAGAAGGGGUCAAAAGGGAGAUAGACAGCCUGAGCAGGAAUCAAAACGGCUUCUUCUUCCUCACCCCUUGACAAAAACGAAUAAGGGGGAGGUAACAACCGGCAGAGAGGAAAGGGUCGAGGGAGAGACAUUGAAUAAAACUAAAGAUAUCUCGAUUUCUUUCAUCUUUCGCUUCCCUUCCAUGUUCCACCCCCCCUUCCCUCCUAUGACCAAAUACAUCUGUCGAGGUGCGGUUACAAUUGUUUCAAUUGCAGGAAAGAAUGACCGCAUAAUGCAUAAAUCACUCCAACUCUUUCACUCCUGCGUUCGACUGAAUUUAGAUAUUACUCCAGGCUAUGGUGUGUUGCACAUUGAUGACGGUGUAAUGUGUCAAAUCAUAUUUACUAUCACACAGCUGUGUCUUCCUUCCAUUCAGCUUCUCUGCGUCUGCAACCAGCAGCAUGAACAAUAUAGUAAAUUGACGGUUAGGAUAAAUGUUAACCAGCACUUAACUAUGAGAUAGUUACUUAGAUUGAAUGGUCUUGUCUUCUCCCUCCUCGUUAUUUUCUUCUAUACGUGGGAGCAGCUCAACCCAAUGUGGAUAAUGGUUGAAAUUGUGAAUAGAUCCGAGUGUAAUAAGCCAUCUUUAUCCGGUGUAAUUUCUAUACAUAAUUCUUGGACUAUGUUAUUUGUAGUUUCUAUUGAUUUGAUGCGUUGAAAGGGCCUUGUUUUGUGAUCGCGAACGUGUUAGAGCAUACCAUGUUUCGGAGUGCAGCAAAACAAACUAAAGCAUCAACUAAUUAUCUGA